AUGGCAUGCUACAGCUUAUCACGCAAAUUCUGGUAUGGACUUAACACCUUUCCAUCUAUAGCCGGAGGCAGCGGUUAUGCUUCCUGCUGUAGCAAAACUAAUGUCUAUGUCACAGGUGGAAAUCAAACCCUCCGCAGCUUCUACAAGUAUUCCACUGCUUUAAAUGCCUGGACAGAACUUGCCGAAAUGAAUGAGAAUCGAUGUUCCCAUGCUAUGGGAUGUGUAAAUGAUGUUGUGUAUGUAUUAGGUGGGUCAGAUAAAUCAUACAACAGGGAAACUGGGGGAUGGAAUGCACUAUGCUCUAUUGAAAAGUUUGACCCCAAAGUCAACCAAUGGAUUACACUUAAGGCUAAAUUAAAUAUCCCAGUAUUUGAUUCAGCCUAUGCUUCUGUUAAAUCUAAAAUAUUUAUGUUUGGAGGUUCACUUGGUUCAAAGGUUGGAGUGUACUUGAAGGACAUUCAGUGCUUUGAUAUCGCACUGGAGACGUGCACGACCUUGUACCAUCACUUGCCCAUGACCCUUAGCCUUGGAGCUGCCUGCACAAACAACAACGAUGUGUACAUCGUGUGUCCAAAUGGAAACGUUAUCCAUUUCAAUGAAGAAACAUCACCACCGAAAGUGUUUUACGAGAGCACAAAAUCUCAACUAUUGGGCUUCACUGCCGUGUUCAUUGAGAAUAAGAUCCUCGUCAUGGGUGGAUAUUCAUCGAUAGGCGAGACUGAUGUUGUUAGGAAGAUUGAUAUUCUUCGUAAGAACUACGCUUCUGUUGAUGAAACAAGACUGCCUUUUGAAAAAAACUCUAAUGAGCUUUUUGCUGCUGUCAUGCAUGUAGAUAGACGGUUCUUAAUGGCAGAAAUUGAAAGAAACAAGAAGACACCAAGGGGAAAAGGUCAAAAAAGAAUCUGA